AUGGCCGCCGUCACGAACGUUUCCAGCGACCUCGUCUGGCAGAUCACCCGCAACCAGAACUCUUUCCUGGUCAAGCGCAACUCCGGCGGUGGUUCUCAGUUCUCUCGUGACCCUCUGAACCUGCAGAACAAGCACUCUUUCAAGUACGCCGGCUAUGCCAACACCAAGGCUAUCGGUGUCCGGGCCUCUGGAUCUAACGGUGUUUCCGUCAUCACCAAGAAGCCCAGCAACCCCCAGCAGCCCGGCAAGAACAUUGUCACCGUGAACUACGGACCCGGUGCCUCCAACCGCAAGAUCUACAAGGGUGUUGCCGACAAGACCGCCAAGAACGGCUACCGCGGUGAUCUCCGCGAGGACGCCGUUGCCCGUGUGAGCGCUAUCCGCCGCGCGCAGAAGGCCAAGAAGGAGACUCCCGCCCGGAAGCCCCGUGGCGCCCAGGCCAAGAAGGCCGCUGAGAAGGAGUCUGAGUAA